AUGGCAACUGCCCUUCUGCAGGACCGUGGACCCGGGGGGUUUUCGUUUGAAAACUGCUACAGAAACCAACGGCUAGAAAAAUCUGGAAUGGCCUUACCGAAACCCAUCAAGACUGGGACAACAAUUUGUGGCGUAGUGUUCAAGGAUGGUGUCGUACUUGGAGCUGACACACGGGCGACCUCUGGUAACAUUGUCGCGGACAAAGUUUGCCAAAAAAUUCAUUAUAUUUCAGAUAAAAUAUAUUGCUGCGGUGCUGGUACUGCAGCCGAUAUGAUUAUGACUACCAAGAUGCUUGCUGCGAAAGUUGAGUUGCAUCGUCUAAAUACUGGUCGGCAGCCAAGAGUGAUUCUGCCCUUGAGACUCGCGAAAGACUACCUCUUCGGAUACAGGGGAUACAUUGGCGCGGCUCUCAUUCUUGGUGGUGUCGACUACAGUGGUCCUCAUCUAUACAGCGUUGCACCUCACGGAUCUAGUGAUAAACUGCCAUACGUCACAAUGGGAAGUGGAAGCCUGGCUGCAAUGUCCGUCCUAGAAUCUCGAUUUCGAUUUGACAUGGAUCGUAAAGAAGCUAUGCAGCUUGUACGUGAUGCAAUAGCUGCUGGAAUCUUCAAUGAUUUGGGUUCCGGUAGUAACGUCGAUCUUUGUGUGAUUACGCAGGAUGAAGUCAAACACUUCGAACCUUACGAUGUGGCGUGUCAAGCAGGACAACGCGAGGCCAAAUACAACCCACCUGCCGGCGCCACCGCAACCCUCACGAGUAAAGUGCAAAAAGUGGAGUUUGAUGUUGUUACUACCCGUGUCAUUCGUGAUAUGCCUGAUCCACGCGCGGAGGCAAUGGAUGUGUCCUAACAUGUGCUACUUGGUUUACAUGGUUCCUGUUAUAACAGCAUGUACUGUCAUUUUUUGUGUGUUUACCUAUUCCGGAUUCAAGAUUAAUGGAAACAGGGCUAGUAUGGGUUGAAU